AGUGGAGCGGGGCUACAUGUUGGUCAUCCUCUUGGGUAUACUGCCACAGACAUUCUUGCUAGAUUGAAACGUAUGCAGGGUUUCAACGUUUUGCACCCAAUGGGAUGGGAUGCAUUUGGCUUGCCAGCAGAGCAAUAUGCAAUUGAGACAGGAACCCACCCAAAACUCACAACAAUUAAGAACAUUGAACGCUUCCGCUCUCAGCUUAAAUUGUUAGGCUUCUCGUAUGACUGGGAUCGUGAAAUUUCUACAACAGAACCAGAAUACUAUAAAUGGACACAAUGGAUAUUUCUGCAGCUUUUAAAGAGAGGACUGGCAUAUCAGGCUGAAGUGCCAGUCAACUGGUGCCCUGCUCUUGGCACUGUCUUGGCAAAUGAAGAGGUGGUGGAUGGUGUGAGUGAGCGUGGGGGUCAUCCGGUUAUAAGAAAGCCAAUGCGGCAAUGGAUGCUCAAGAUUACUGAAUAUGCUGACCGUCUUCUUGUGGAUUUGGAUGAUCUUGACUGGCCUGAAAGUGUAAAGGAAAUGCAAAGGAACUGGAUAGGGAAGUCAGAAGGGGCAGAGAUGGAAUUUUGUGUUCUGGACACUGAUGGGAUGGAAAGAGACAUGAAAAUUUCAGUUUACACGACUAGGCCCGAUACCAUAUUUGGAGCAACCUAUUUAGUCCUAGCACCUGAGCAUUUCUUGUUGUCAUCAAUAGUAUCUGAUGCCCAAACCAUAUAUGUGGAGGAAUACAAAGAGCUUGCCUCGAGAAAGAGUGACCUUGAGAGGACUGAGCUUCAGAAGGAAAAAACAGGAGUCUUCAGUGGUUGUUAUGCAAGAAAUCCUGCUAAUGGGGAAGCAAUCCCAAUAUGGAUUGCUGAUUAUGUUUUGGGAAGCUAUGGUACAGGAGCAAUAAUGGCUGUGCCUGCUCAUGAUACGCGUGACCAUGAGUUUGCUUCGAAGUAUAAUAUUCCAAUACAUAGGGUUGUAAAACCUGAUGAUGAAAGUAGCAGCAAUUUUGGAAUUGCUUAUUCAGGUGAAGGUACCAUGGUGAAUUCAUCAUGUUCCACAUCGGGGCUUGACAUCAAUGGCUUACCUAGCAAAGAAGCUGCCUCCAGAGUCAUUGAUUGGGUUGAAAAAACCGGAAAUGGGAAAAGUAAGGUGAAUUACAAGUUGAGGGAUUGGCUUUUUGCUCGGCAACGUUAUUGGGGGGAGCCCAUCCCAGUCAUUUUCUUGGAUGACACCUGUGAAGGUGUUCCAAUUCCUGAAACUGAGCUGCCUCUCACUCUUCCAGCACUGGAUGAUUUCACUCCCACUGGAACAGGGGAACCACCACUUGCAAAAGCUGCGUCUUGGGUUAAAACCACUGAUCCUUUGACUGGAAAGCCUGCCAGACGUGAAACAAACACCAUGCCACAGUGGGCUGGUUCUUGCUGGUACUAUUUGAGAUUUAUGGACCCUACAAAUUCUGAAGCGUUGGUUGAUAAGGCAAAAGAAAUGUAUUGGAGCCCAGUUGAUGUGUAUGUUGGUGGUGCUGAGCAUGCUGUUCUUCACUUACUUUAUGCUAGGUUCUGGCACAAGGUUCUUUAUGACAUUGGUGUUGUGUCAACAAAAGAACCCUUUCAAUGCGUAAUAAACCAGGGGAUUAUCCUAGGGGAGGUUCAAUAUAUGGCAUGCAGAAAUCCAGAUGGAAAUUUGAUAUCUGCAAGCUUCAUUGAAAUGUUGGGUGACUGUACUCAAGAAAGGAUACCGGAGGAAAAAGUCAUGAAACGUGGCGAUUCUUUUGUACUAAAAGAUAAUCCCAAUAUUCGCUUGAUUGCUCGGGCACACAAGAUGAGUAAAAGUAGAGGAAAUGUCAUAAAUCCUGAUGAUGUUGUUUCGGAGUAUGGUGCAGAUUCUCUGCGUUUAUAUGAAAUGUUCAUGGGCCCAUUUAGAGACUCAAAAACAUGGAAUACUAGUGGUAUUGAAGGCGUUCAUCGGUUUUUGGGGAGAGCUUGGAGGUUGAUUGUGGGUUCACCUUUACCUGAUGGUUCAUUUGGAGAUGGAACUGUGGCGUGUGACGAUACACCUUCUCUGGAACAACUUCGAUGUCUCCAUAAAUGCAUAGAUAAGGUAAUGCAGGAAACUGAAGGAACGCGCUUCAACACUGGAAUUUCUGCAAUGAUGGAGUUCAUUAAUGCUGCAUAUAAGUGGGAUAAACUUCCAAGGUCGGUCAUUGAAGCCUUUGUCUUGUUACUUUCACCAUAUGCACCUCACAUGGCUGAGGAGCUUUGGCUUCGCUUGGGACACUCAAUUUCAUUGGCAUAUGAACCUUUUCCUGAGGCCAAUCCUACCUAUUUGAAAGAGUCCACUGUGGUCCUACCAGUUCAGAUAAACGGGAAGACUAGGGGUACUGUACAGGUCGAAGAAGCAUGCACAGAGGAGGAUGCUUUCAAUUUGGCUUUGCUCGAUCAGAAACUAUCCAAGUAUUUAGAUGGUAGAACUAUCAGAAAGAGAAUUUAUGUCCCUGGUAGAAUUCUGAACGUUAUCUUGGAACCCCAACACAUUAAGGUGGGUCAACGGUAGUCCAUUUGUCAUCAUCAAGGCUUGUCUUAUUUCUGAGGAUGAACAAAGUUCAGUGGAUAUAAAACAUUCCCUUCGAAUUGGCAUCCAUAAUCCAUCCCAUAAUCCAGUGAAAGUCAGAGAAAGGGAAGGAGAAUGUACCAAUGCAUCACGCUCUCGUCAGAUUUUCUUCUGGUGGGUGCUAACACAACAUAUUUUCAUGCUAUUUUUUUGCAAUCAUGUUGUCUUAUGGAAAUUGCCUGUGUAUGAAGAAGGUAGCUGAUGGUACGGACACUGGGUAGCAAAAGAGGAACUCCGAAGAUGAGAGGCUAUUCCUCUCAAAACAAAAAGGAUCCGUCUCUUCCUUCACUAAUAUCGCGGAAGUUAAGUUUGGAUUCAUCAUCUGUACUAUUUACUAAGCAAGACGUAUGCCAUCAUCUAUUGACAAUUCUGGACUUAUUGUACAUAACUCCCUAACAUUGUAGCAAUGUCCUAUAAUUUAUAAAUUUUUUGUUUGAUGUAACAAAAAACUCCAUUCUGAGCUGCUCAUUUGUGUAUACUAGCUCAUAAUUUCCAGCCUCUUAAGUUUCCAUUGUUCUGGAAACAAAAUCUCUUCCACAUCUCUAUUUUCCAAUGAGCAUCAAUGCACCAUCCCCUAGACAUUGACUAGGGUUCUGGGAACUGCCUUUUGUGUAAGCCAACAAGCCUCCUUACCCCAAAGUUUUCAGUACCAUCAAUCCACUCCUUUUAGGACCAAAAAUCAUUGUUUGUAACUUGAACCGACCCAGGUGAUGUCGGAUUUAGGAGGAUGAUUUCCACCGCGCUAACCUUUUUUGCCCCCAACCACUGUCCUGCCAGAUGGGUGCACCAAGGACUACACAGCCUGCGGUGUCCAACCACAAAAGUCGAUAGCUCGGACACUAAUUGUAACAUCCUAGACUCUCAAUGCAAUAUUAUUGACUUUGGGCUGGCUCCGCAUAUCUUUAAAUUGUGUUGUAGAAUGAAUGUCUAGAGCUCAAAUUUUUCACGCACUUCACACACUUUACUUGGCGAUGUGGGAUUGAGUCACCACAAUAUCUUCAUGGCACAAGCUGAAAGGAAUGGUCGAUUGGUCCAAGGAGAUUUCCUCAAACGUUAGGAGCUAACUUCAGCCACAUAAUUGCCUCUGCAAAUCGGAGCAUUGCUGCAUAAACUGCAACAAUUUUGGAUAUAAUCUCAAGCCUGCUCUAAGCUCCUUGUAAGAGCCACCUCUCAUUUUCAGACUCUUCAAAAUCUAAUGUGAAGUUGCCGGGUUGGAAAUUCAUGCCUACUCUCCUUAUUUCCUUACUCAAUGAUUUCAAAACUAAUACUAUGUCUUCAUAUUGGGAAUGCGACCUGUGGCCCAUGAAAAAUGUUGUUAUUGUUCCAUGUAGUUCGAUAAAACUCCAUCCGGGAAGUUUCUUCAAACCAAGAGAUCUCAUUUGGACCCAUGCCUCGCCGACACCCUCCCAUCUAGCCUGCGAAGCACAGCUAUGAGCCAGUUGCACAUAGUUUCCAGCAUCUACAGGCUUCAACAUGGAAAUUUCUUUGGCAAUAAUGUUCCCAAGCUCGGUUUUACCUUUGACUCGACAAGCAUCAAGUAAUAUGCCUAAAACAUCAACCAUUGGCUCAGGGAACAUCCUCAUGCAGAAGUUGUAUGCAUCCUCUACUCUACCAGCACGACAAAGAAGAUCAACAAUGCAAGCACAGUGCUCGCGGGUUGGUUCAAUCUCAUAAUCAUUUGUUAUGGAGUGGAACAAGCUCAUACCUUGGUCGACGAGUCCAUUAUGACUACAGGCACAGAGAACUGCCAAGAAAAUAACAUGGUUAGGUUCAAGCCCGGUUUGCAG